AUGACCAUCCAACAUCCUACAUACACCGACGACCAGCUGGAGUCAUACCUUCAACGCAUCGAAUACCCACGCGCAGCACCAACAGAAAUACAGGGCAAUCGGCUACAACAAGUCCGAGGAGGCAUCAAGGCUAAGCCCCUCCACACCCUAGCACACCUACAGAGAUGCCAUCUCGCUGCUAUUCCUUGGGGCAACUCCGGGCUGCACUAUUCGCAGCACCACACCAUCUCAUUGGAUCCCCACAGUCUCUACGAGAAGAUGGUGGAGCGGCGACUGGAUGGGUAUUGCAUGGAGACCUCGGGACUCUUUUUUGUUGUCCUCCGCUCCCUGGGAUACCAUGUGUAUGCGACUGGGGGACGGGUGAGUCAUGCUGCGGCUUCGUCUAGAGGGGUGGAUGAUGGGUUGUAUUUGUCGCUCGGACAUAUGAUCUUGAUUGUGGUCAUUAAUGGAGAGAAGUACAUGGUGAGUUUUCUUUCCGCCUCGGACAGGGAUUCUCCGUAUGCUGAUAUGUAUAUCUAUGGACAGGUUGAUGUCGGGUUCGGGAACAACUGUGCCACAGCUCCAUUGCCUCUACGAGAAGGCGCAACAGCUACAUGCGUCGCACCAUCUGAGAUGCGGUUGGUGCGAGACAGUCUCUCCGAAUUCAUGGACAAGGACCAAAAAGUCUGGAUCUACCAGACAAGACACAACGUCGACAGCAACUGGAUUCCCAACAUCUGCUUCGCGGACGUCGAGUUCCUGCCGCAGGAUUUCCGGGUGAUGAACUUCUCUGUCAGCCAGACGCGCACGAGCUGGUUCACGCAAGUGUUUGUCUGCAUUCGCAUGAUUCUGGAUCAGAGUGGCACGGAGAUUAUCGGACAGUAUAUGGUGGUGGACAAGGAAGUCAAGCGUAGGGUGCGUGGGCAGACGGAGAUUUUGAAGGUGCUGCACUCGGAACAGGAUCGGGUUGAGGCCCUGGCGAAGUACUUUGAUAUGCAUCUGCGGGAUAAUGAGGUCCGAGGGAUCCGAGGGUUGACCUCGGAGAUUAAAUAG